AAGCUUGUUCACAUAUACAAGUUUGGGUUGCUGCAAAAUUGCCCUCUCUUUUAGUCCCACUCUGGAUAUAUAAUAUUUCUAUAGUGCCCUGCUGCUGGAAGAGGCAGAGAUGGAUUUUCAGAUGGUCUGCCACACAACAAAUGAACAGGAUCAUACUGAACCUCGCCAGUUGAGACAAAAGCACCUUUGUUGCCUCCACGGAGAAAGCGAAGACAGAGAUAAAGGUUCUACCAUUGAGAGCUUCAUGACAAAUUUCUCAAACAUCUACGAGUCAGAGUUGCUUCCUGCUCGGAAUGGUGAAAAAUUCACAGAACAUUUCCUUCAUGAAGUGGUAGAUAUUCUUCUGAGCUACAUCAAAAGGACUUAUGAUGGGAAGAGUAAAGUGCUGGAUUUCCAUCAUCCCCACCAGCUUUUGGAAGGCCUGGAAGGUUUCAACUUGGAGCUCUCUGAUCAGCCGCAGCCUUUGGAGCAAAUACUUGUCGACUGCAGGGAUACCUUAAAAUACGGAGUCAAGACAGGACAUUCUCGUUAUUUCAACCAACUCUCUAGUGGCCUUGACAUUGUCGGUCUUGCAGGGGAAUGGCUGACAGCCACAGCAAAUACCAACAUGUUUACCUAUGAAAUAGCUCCGGUGUUCGUUGUGAUGGAGGAGAUCCUGCUUAAAAAAAUGCAUGAAAUUAUUGGAUGGGGAGAGAGUGAAGCGGAUGGUGUCUUUUCUCCUGGAGGUAGCAUAUCAAACCUUUACAGUAUUUUAGUGGCCCGUUAUAAACACUUCCCUGAGAUUAAAGCCAAAGGCAUGGCAGCUCUUCCAGACAUUGCCCUGUUUGCUUCAGAACAUAGCCACUAUUCGAUACAGAAGGCUGCAGCCGUUCUUGGGAUUGGGACUGAUAAUGUUGUCGCUGUCAAGUGUGAUGCAAGGGGGAAGAUGACACCAUCUGAGCUGGAGAGAGCCAUUUUAAAAGUCAAAAGACAGGGAAAGGUACCGUUGUAUAUUUGUGCCACUGCCGGAACAACAGUAUAUGGGGCCUUUGACCCUCUUGCCGACAUUGCUGACAUCUGUGAGAAGUAUAACCUCUGGAUGCAUGUGGAUGCGGCGUGGGGAGGUGGUUUGCUCCUGUCAAGCAGGCAUUCUUACAAACUGAGUGGUAUUGAAAGAGCUAAUUCAGUCACCUGGAAUCCUCACAAAUUGAUGGGAGUUCCGCUACAAUGUUCGGCGUUCUUGGUCCGGGAGAAGGGUCUUCUCCAGGCUUGCAACCAGCUGUGUGCUGGAUAUCUCUUCCAGCCAGACAAACAGUAUGACACGGCUUACGACACAGGGGACAAGACAAUCCAAUGUGGGCGGCACGUUGAUGUCUUCAAACUUUGGUUAAUGUGGAGAGCGAAGGGCACUCAAGGAUUUGAGAUUCUUAUCAACAAAUAUCUGGAACUUGCAGAAUACCUUUAUAAAGAACUGAAGGCGAGAAAAAACUAUGAGCUCGUAUUUGAUGCUGCGCCGGAACUCACCAAUGUGUGUUUCUGGUACAUUCCACCUAGUCUUCGACAUAUCCCAAAAGAACCAGAAAGAGAAAAAAGGCUACAUCAGAUUGCUCCAAAAAUAAAAGCGAGGAUGAUAGAAGAAGGUACUGUCAUGGUUGGCUAUCAGCCUCACGGAGACAAUGUGAACUUCUUCAGAAUGGUCUUCUCCAAUCCAGCAACUAAGAAAUCAGACAUCGAUUUCCUCCUUGAAGAAAUUGAAAGGCUUGGAAAAGAUUUGUGACAGCAGACAAUUCAUCUUGGAGAUCAACAUCACAUUAGCAUAAAGAUUCCUAUCUUACAGUUUUGUUUACUGCUGUUCCACAGAUCCUGUAUAUAUUGGGAUUCUUCAUAGUAGGAAGAAACCAUCCCUAUAGAUGAUACUUCUUUUGUUAUGGGUGUUUGUUAACUAUCUUCAUAUCUGGGAUACUGUGUGGUUUCCAGGCUGUAUGGCCGUGUUCUAGCAGCAUUCUCUCCUGACGUUUCGCCUGCAUCUGUGGCUGGCAUCUUCAGAGGAUCUGAUAGUAGGAAUGGAAUACAUACAGCCCGGAAACCACAUAGCAUCCCAGUGAUUCCGGCCGUGAAAGCCUUCGACAAUAUAUCUUCAUAUCCAUCUACGUACGUUGCAAACCAUGCUUGUAAAUAGCCACUUUCCUGGUAGUUGUGAUGAGUAAGAAUUGCUUCAGGUGACCAGACAGGCAAGUUUUUACAAUUAAAAAAAAUCUAUUUGCGCACAUAUGACCAACAUCUAUGUGGGUUCCUAGUAAGACUGUCCAACAUCUGUUCCUUUAUGUCCAUGGAAUCAGGUUUUCCUCCCCAUGUUCUUAGAUAAGCAUGGACAUUCUGUAGAGUGGCUUGGAUAUACUUGUUUUUCAAAACAACUAACUUCUGUAGAUGAGAAAUUUGUGAGACUUUUCCCCCGACAAAGCUAGUUCACAAAUGGACACACAUUAUAGGGGCAAGCUGAGAAAUGCAGAUAGACAUCUGACUUGUGCAGUAUAUGUUGGAAUAAGUGACUUCUGCAUACCUGGGCACUGGGGGGUGCUGUGUAUCUCACUCUGUGAUGUUGCCUCUCUUGUUUCCCCUCCUUG